UUACCUCCCCAUUAGCCCACGUAAACUUAGGCCUGUGAAGCAAACAUGAACAGUGGCUGCUGUGUAUUUGUCCUGUUUUUCCUCACCGGUGUCUCACUGAGUGUGGAAAUGACUGGGUUAUAUGGCAGCUUUGCCUCCCCUGGAUUCCCUCAGCCAUAUCCGGACAACCAGUACAUGGAGUGGAACAUAAGCGCCCCACAUGGCCACCGGAUCAAGCUCUACUUCACCCACUUCAGCUUGGAGCCCUCCAAUCAGUGUGAAUACGACCAUGUCCAGGUUUUGGUGGAAGGGAAUGAAACCCUACGGUUCUGCGGUGAGGAGGAAAAGAACCACGAAAGCACCCCCAGGAACACCGUCAUCAUGUCAGCCGGGAACGUCAUGUCAGUGGUCUUUAGGAGCGACUACUCUAACGAAGGCCGAUUCACCGGCUUCCAAGCAUUUUACACCUCAGAAGAUAUCAAUGAGUGCCUGUCAAAGGUAGAUGGUGAGCGAGUAUGUGACCAUUUCUGCCACAAUUACAUCGGCGGCUAUUACUGCACGUGCAAGCAGGGAUACUUUCUCCAUGACAACAAGAGAUCCUGCACAGUGCCCUGCAAAGGUCAACUACUUACAUCAGCAUCUGGAGUACUGACCAGUCCUUCUUACCCACAACCCUACCCACCCAUGAGCCACUGUGACCACACUAUCAGUCUGCCAGAGGGCUCCAGAAUCAUCCUUGACUUCUUGGAACCCUUUGAUAUAGAGGGACAUCCUGAUGUCCCCUGUCCAUAUGAUAUGUUAAAGAUUUCAACAACUGGACAGGAGUACGGACCGUUCUGUGGCUCAAUACCACCAGACUCCAUAGAUACUGGAAGUUAUCAAGUUCAUGUAGCAUUCAGGUCUGACUCUAGUGGGAAAAACAAGGGAUGGAAGAUCAAAUACACAAGUACCAAAGCUAAAACACCUAUAUAACAUCAAAUCUGGAAGCUUAUCAAGUGAGAGAAUAUUUCCUUUUAUAAGUUUCUUAUUUG